AGCUGGUGAGGGGUACCCGGUGCCCCUUCUCCGGAAGGCGAGGAAGACCCCGCCCCCGCGGAGUCGGGGUUGGGGGGGGACUGCCGGGGCGGGGCGUUGCCAGGCCGGCCGGUUGCGUAGCAACGGUGGGCAGCGCGUGACGUGCGCCGCCGCGUCUGGGCCCGAGGCGCCCGCCAGUCCCUGGGAGGUUAGUGGGGCUGCUGUGAGGAGGUCGCUCCGCAGACUUGGUGCUCGCUGGCUCCCUCUCCGCGCUCUGCGGCCGCCGCGGCGAAGAUGGCCUCAGGAGUGCAAGUUGCUGAUGAAGUAUGUCGCAUUUUUUAUGACAUGAAGGUUCGGAAGUGCUCCACACCAGAAGAAAUCAAGAAAAGAAAGAAAGCUGUCAUUUUUUGUCUCAGCGCAGACAAAAAGUGCAUCAUUGUAGAAGAAGGCAAAGAGAUCUUGGUUGGAGAUAUCGGUGUAACCAUAACGGAUCCUUUCAAGCAUUUUGUGGGAAUGCUUCCUGAAAAAGAUUGUCGCUAUGCUUUGUAUGAUGCAAGCUUCGAAACAAAGGAAUCCAGAAAAGAGGAGUUGAUGUUUUUUUUGUGGGCUCCAGAACUAGCACCUCUGAAAAGUAAAAUGAUCUACGCAAGCUCCAAGGAUGCAAUCAAAAAGAAAUUUCAAGGCAUAAAACAUGAAUGUCAAGCAAAUGGGCCAGAAGACCUCAAUCGGGCUUGUAUUGCUGAAAAGCUAGGUGGAUCCUUAAUUGUAGCUUUUGAAGGAUGCCCUGUGUAGACCAUCACUCGGUGCCACAAACUGAAAGCUUCCGUGUUUAAUGUUAUCCUUUCGCUAUGUAAGUAAAGCUGAUGCGUUUAGGCCAGGGACUCGCUGAGGGGAGCUGUCUUGUCAUUUGCUAGGGUAAACUAUUCCAUGCACAUGUGCAAAUGGCCCUAAAUAAAUCUAAACUCUAAAGUUGUAUUGGUGUGAAAUUAAAUUCUUACUGGCCAAAUGCCUGUUUUGAUUAGUUGACUUGUAAAGAUUUUUGUUAAGCUCAGGAUUUUUAAUAGUGCAGUUCACACAACAGUCCAAGGCCACAUGAAGAGAACUACUGCAUCUUCAUUAACCUCAGUAGUUACUUUGUUUCUUUUGCUUAGAGAAUUGGUCAUAAUCUGGUUAUAAUUUUGGCCCAAAUUCUUUUUUCUCUGUUGAGCUAAACUGAGUAAUGGAAAAUAAUUCUCACAACAUGUAACAGCACUAAUGUACUUACUAACUACGUAAGAUUCUACCAGACGUGUGGUGGAGACUGCUUAGAACCAGCACCGAUCUUGCACAGCACUACUUCAUGCACGUAGCUGGCACACAGGAAGCAGCUCCUGCACCUGCAGCUGCUCGCUGGUCUAGUUGGGAGGCUGUUCUGAGAGUGACCUUGCAUCUUGGAAAUCUGGAGAAUGUGCACUGUCUUGUAACAGCGAAUUAUAAUGCAAAUUUGGGCUCCAGUGUAAUCCACUUUGUUGAUGAAAAUGGUGAGGUGGUGUAUUGACAGACUGGGAUACCCAGAUGUCUUUAAUUGUGUCUCCUUCAGAACUGUGUUGCUUCUGGUACAGUAAGGUUUGGAAGAACAUUAUGUUUACUCUGGGGCCUGGGCAAGCUUCUUAAUUUCCUAGAGUAGUUUGCCGACUGUCUGAAGCAGGGAGCGGGUGUGACGGCCGACAGCCACGGGAAGCCACGCUGAGGACACCUGGAAGUGACUGCCUUUCACAUCACAGGCGUAACACUGAAAAACACAGAGAUGCAUAAACAGUGGAAUUUAGAAGUAGCAGUACUGGCUUUAUGUAAUAAAGGAAGCAUUUUUAAUUUC